AGAAAGCGGGCCAAGCCCAGAUCUUACUCGUGCCGGCGAGAGAACUAUUCUCACACGUGCGAACCCUCUUCGUUUUCGUCUCUCAAACCCUCAAAUUCCAUCACAACCAUCAGAGCCGGAACCGGUGACCACCAAAUCGAUCAACACAGUCUCUUUCUUCGGUUUCAAAUUACGCAUCGAUUGUCAUGUAUCGUGCCGGAUUUUCCAAAAUCAAAACCCUAAAGGGUAAUGCUAGCAACCGGGCGUUGACUAGGUUUGCAAGUUCAAGUGCUGUUGCCGCCAAGUCAUCGUCAGGGGGUCUCUUUAGUUGGUUUGCGGGUGGAAGUGCCUCCACUCUACCUCCUUUGGACUUUCCUCUUAAGGGUAUCGAACUCCCACCUUCUUUGCCUGAUCACGUUGAACCAGCAAAGACAAAGAUUACAACUCUUUCAAAUGGAAUCAAAAUUGCCUCGGAAACUUCAGCAAACCCUGCUGCCUCUAUUGGGCUGUAUGUUAACAGUGGCUCGAUCUACGAAACACCGGUUUCGUUUGGCGCUACACAUCUUCUAGAACGAAUGGCCUUUAAAAGCACAACUAACAGAAGCCACUUGCGUCUUGUGCGGGAAGUGGAGGCAAUUGGUGGCAAUGUGACGGCCUCUGCUUCUAGGGAGCAAAUGAGUUACACCUAUGACGCCCUGAAAACUUACGUUCCCCAGAUGGUAGAGCUACUUGUUGACUCUGUAAGAAAUCAAGCUUUUUUGGACUGGGAGAUUAAAGAACAGAUUGAGAAGGUGAAAGCUGAGAUUGGUGAAUAUGCCAAUAAUCCCGAGGCCUUGCUGUUAGAGGCGGUUCAUUCAGCUGGAUACUCUGGUCCACUUGCGCAUCCACUUCUUGCAUCUGAAGGUUUACUCGGCAGAAUAAACAGUAACGUUUUGGAGGAUUUUGUAGCUGCAAACUACACUGCUCCUCGAAUGGUACUUGCUGCAUCAGGAGUUGAACACGAGGAACUGUUAAAGUAUGCGGAACCUCUUCUCUCAGAUUUGCCAGGUGGCGCUGCGGUUGAAGAACCAAAAUCGGUGUAUGUUGGAGGCGAUCACCGUGUUAUGGCUGAUACAGGGAGUACUAGUUUUGCUCUUGCAUUUGAACUUCCUGGUGGCUGGCUUAAGGAGAAGGAAGCCAUGACCUUAACGGUUCUUCAGAUGUUAAUGGGAGGAGGUGGAUCGUUUUCCGCUGGUGGUCCCGGAAAAGGAAUGUACUCACGCCUUUAUCUUAGAGUUUUGAAUGAGUACCCCGACAUUCAGUCGUUUUCAGCGUUUAGCUCAAUCUAUAACCACACUGCCUUGUUUGGAAUCCAAGCUACCACGAGUUCUGAUUUUGCAGCAAAAGCCAUUGAUAUAGCAGCUAAAGAACUAAUUGCAGUUGCCACAAGUGGUGAAGUCAACCAGGUACAGCUUAAUCGUGCAAAGCAGUCAACCAAGUCCGCUGUUCUAAUGAACCUUGAAUCAAGAAUGGUUGCUUCAGAGGAUAUUGGUAGACAGAUUUUGACGUACGGUGAAAGGAAACCUGUGGAGUUCUUUUUGAAAGCUAUUGAUGAUGUAACGGCCAAUGACAUCGCUUCUGUUGCCAAAAAGCUUCUUUCCUCUCCUCUCACCAUGGCUUCUCACGGAGAUGUUUUGAACGUGCCAACUUACGAUUCAGUGAGCAGCAAGUUUCGUUAGUGACCAAAAUCGGGUAACACCCUUUUUCUUCACCUUGUGAAUCUUUCAAGGUGCAUUUUAGAGUUGAUAAUCAUGGAUACAAUAAGGUGGUUUGUUUUUUGGUCUUUCAAAAGAAUAAUAUAAGGCAAUCCUUGGCUACCCAUUAAUUUUUAAUGCUUGAUAUGUUGUAUUCCUUGUAACUUUUUGGAGUUAUCGAUUUCGAUAGGCCAACAUGUGUGAAAUAACACUUGUAAAGAAACUAAAAUGGGCUGGGAUCGAUCAAUUGUUUAGUUGGGAUAUUAUGUGCCGAAUUUCAGAGCUUGCAUCUCGUUA